AUGAUAUACGGUAUUGCGCGCCAUGUUACCAAAGUCGGCGGUAUAGAUCCCUGGCGCUGGAUUUUGCUCUUCCUGGGCGGGCUUACUCUCCUGGGGGCUGUUCUUGCCUGGUUUAUCCUUGGGUCUCCCCAUGAAGUCGAGUUCCUGAAUGAGGAGAAACGGCGCAUGGCGCGAGUGACCAUUUAG